CUGUACCCCGCGACUGAUUUGUCAUCGUUUUCUGAGCUUCUGUCAUUUUUGGUAAAGUUUGUUGCUGCUGUUUGCACUUUGCAGAAUCCACUAAAAAUAAGUGAAAAUGGCCACCGAGGUAGAGGAAACAAUCAAGAGAAUUCAAGCCCACAAAGGUGUUAUGGGCGUAGUGAUAGUUAAUCAUGAAGGCAUUCCCAUCAAAAGCUCUCUAGAUAAUGCAACUUCUGUUUUAUACGCGGGCCUAAUUGGACAACUGACUGAGAAAGCAAGGAAUGUUGUGCGGGAAAUGGAUUCCACAAAUGAGCUGACAUUCCUCCGUGUGAGAAGUAGACGUCACGAAAUACUAAUCGCCCCAGACCGAGAAUUUAUUCUUAUAGUGAUACAGAACACUUCAGACUAGGCACCCAUAGAACUGGACAUGAUCUAGUGUUGGUUUCACUGCAAGGAGGUGAUAUAGGAACAUGGAACAACUUGGGUUUGACGCAGACCAUCCUAUUUACAUUUUGUCACAAAUUAAAAAAAAUGGUACCAUUCACAGACAGGGAGCGGAUAAAAGUUGCGUAACGUUUUCGACCUACAAGUUAAACUAUUGUUUAAAAAAUGGUGGGCUAACUUUUAUCUGAGUGUGACCAUUUUGUGAAUCGGACGGUCUGCAUCAAACCUGCUUUUACAAAAUCUAAAUUCAAAUUCAAAUUUCAAAUUCAAAUAAUUUAUUUGUGAAACACAGGUAAGCAGUAUGAUGUACAAACAAAAUAUGUGUUCAAGCCGUGAUCAGCCUUGUCGGCAUACAAAUACAAGUUAAAAGGCAGUCUAAGGGCUGAUUUUUCAAUCGUUGGAUAAGUUUUAACUGAAGAAUAGAACUGUCAUUUUGACAAAUUUCCCAUACUGAAACUGUCAAUAUGCCAAACUUAUUCUUCAGUUAAAAAUUAUCCGGCAAUUGAAAAAUCAGGCCUAAUAGGAAUAGUCCUUAUCAAAUAACAAAAAUGGUUAAUGUUACAAGUAGGUAAAUGUUCCUAUUUCAUCUCAUAAGUAGUGAGGUUAGAUAAGUAAAAGUAUAGUUUUUACAUCAUAGAUUAUGUCAACAUUCAUACUACUUUCUGUAGUUUGCACUAGAAAGCACUGUCUUGGAAUACACUUGCAAAUUGUCCACCUUCAAAGCCCAAAUGGAAUGUUGGCAUUAGUUCUGUGGCUCUAUAUUGACAAGUAAGUCCCUUGAAAUAAUAUUUUUUAAAUAAAUAUGAAAUAUUGUCAAAUAGUAAAAGUACUCAGUAAGAAAUGUCUGUAUGCAUUUUAAGAAUAUCACCUUCAUAAGUUAAGAAA